GCCGCAUUGAGUCGGACAACACUUGCCGAUUCCAGCACAAUGCGCGUCAAGGUAGCAGGAACGUCCGCAGAAUUGUACAGAUGGAAGGAAAUAAUUUAUGGCGUAGAGGAGCGUAUUCUUUCGAUGAGGCUGUGGGAUGUACGUUAGUGCGACUGCCUGUGACCUCAUGUCAACAUAUGGACGGAUAUUUCCGUUUCGUGUUGGCAACAGCAUACUGUGCAGCGCUUGCAACGGAAGACACGUGAAAACACAUUCCAGAAACGAAUCUAGACUUCACAAAUACAGUCGGGUAUCUGUCUUUCGCAUCUUCUGCAAUAUAUCGUGACGGAAUCUCGAUCGACCGGGUGAAAAGCGACAAGAUUCCGACGAGAUAUUCAGGAAUCGAAUAGCAUAAGCAGCGGUUACAUUUUUGCCUGAUUGCAUCUGGAACACGUCAAAGGGGAAAAGGAGGGCAAAGGAUUUCGAGAGGAGUCACGCGAAAUGAGUGUCGAGGACGCCAUCAAUUACUCGCCCAGCGAGGAGGAGGACUAUUACGCGCUGUUAUCCUGCGACGAAUCUUCCACGGUCGAGCAGAUCACAGCGGAGUAUAAGGUGUUAGCUCUUCAGUAUCAUCCGGAUAAGAACGACGGUGACAAGGAGGCCGAGAAGAAGUUUCAACAGUUGAAGUACGCGAAAGAGGUUCUAUGCGACCCUGAAAAAAGGAGCAAUUACGACAAAUGGCGGAAUAGCGGUAUCAAGAUCAGUUACAAGCAGUGGCUCGGUAUGAAGGAGCAUGUGCAGCAGACUAUGCACUGGAGCACGCCGAAGACAAAGGACAGAAUGUUGCCGGAUACGACUGGAGAGGCGGGCGGUUCACCGGCUCACCUGAGAGGUCACCCUACAAACGCACAUAGAAGAGCUUCGGAGGGUGGCGCCAUGAAUCUUUACUACCGUUCGGGUCAUGGCGUACCAUUCGACUAUCAGGAGACCAAUGAGGUCGUCAGUAAGUUUCGCAAUUAUGAGAUUUAAAAGAUCCCCUGGGUAAAACUCUCAUUGGAACCGACUCCAUUGUACCAGAUGUCCUUAUGAAAGCAGGAAAAAUGUUGUACUAGACAAAUAUCUACCUGUAUACAAGUGUACGGGGCGUUGGUCAGAUCGCGUCAGCACACACACACACACACACACACGCAUAUCAAUGUGCUUAAAAACGAUGAGUGAGAGACGCGAGCGUGAGUUUCAUCGUCCGCCAUUAUUAAUGACGUUCUUUUUUGCUCUCUUCACACGCAACUUUGCAGUCGCGAAAUUUUUAUUGCUAUUGCAUCAGCGCUGUUCUGUAUUAUGUAUACUCGCGAAUCUAAGCGGUCUGACAGCUUCGGAAAAUAGUUGAAUGAUCACAAAUUAUUCUUCUCUGCGCGUGAAAAUGAUUCCGCGGAGUACACGUUUGCGUUCUAAAUGCAACAAUCUAUUCUACAUCUUAGAUUCUAUAGAUUCUUAGAUUCGCAGCGUGUUUCUUCGUUCUUCACAACCCAUGCCAAUUUGAUCCAACGAACGACCCCGUACACGCGUACGUGCUCGCGAUCGCGCGCACGUAUUGUGUCGCCUUCAGAUUUAUAUUUUGUUAUACUAUACUAAGCACGAGACGAGAAAAGAAAGGAUCGAGGGGUAACGCUGGGAGUGGAGUUUGAUGCUAUUUAAGCUCUCUUUCUAAAUUCUCUUGAGUAACGUCCGACUCUGAUUGGUCGCGAAAUAUUAUAUACAAAUCGAAUCUCGAUCGCGCAUUCUAUGCAUGUUUCUUGAAUCCUACGAGAUGUUUAGCGACAUUUAAAACGGUGUAGUGUCGGAGAGUUCUUAUAGUUAUCUGUGAUUCCGCGAAUAAAUUUUCCACUAUAGAGAUUAACUGGUCGUUUCAACCGUAAACACUUUGGAACGAAAUAUUUAAGCGUUGCGGAAAUCUUCGUAUCUCUCUAUUUUAAGUACAAUUAUUACGUACAAGAACGGAAUUUUCGUUAUGAAUACAAAUUUGUAUUUCAAAUAUCAAUCGUGUAUUCUUAUCGACCGUUGUUUUCAAUGCGAGUUUGCAGUGUUUGAUAUACGGGUACUGAUUCUGGUUAGAAAUAUUGAAUUAAAAUAUCGUGUAUCUAUGCAAUACGUCAAUGGCGGAAUUAGAAAAUAAUUAAAUCGGAAUCCCGAAUGGACGUUGCAAGCGCCGAGUUUAUCAGGUACAAUGUUUUAAUGGAAAAACGUAAGUAAUGUAACCGUAAAGUCGAUACUCUCUAUCAAAAUAUAAAAUAACGCUAAAAGUGGUAGUCACUAUUGUCAAUUCCCGUAAAGCUGUCCCCAAUAUUUUUAAUUGACGUUUCCAACGUUUUGUUCCGGGAACUCAUUCGUUCAAUCGUCAUCGUUACGACAAUCUUAAUUUCGCAAAACGCUGGAGCGCUUAAAUAUUUCUUUCUAAUAAUGAAACAGAUCGAUGAUGGCGCACUUGUACCUGUGUCCGAUGUCAAACGCAAAAUACAUCGUUCUUUCUCGACGAUAAUUGCGAAGGCUUCCUUCACUCCGUGAAUUAUAAUCGAUUGUGAGACAAUUCGUCGGUUAAUUGCGUUUGGCAUAUAAUUGAAAAUGCCUACUUAUAACCGGUAAUUAAUAAUAACUUAGCAACAGUUAACCUUGUGGAUGUGUCGAUGUGUAUAAUCUUACAAUAAUAUAAUUAACGGUAAGCGCGUCGAGCUCAUUCCUUAUUGAAAUAUAUUUAAUGAGGUCGAUGUUUUUCAGUUUCGGUUUACGCAUUUCUCCAAAUUGAAUGCUCAUUACUAAAUAUACGUACAUCGUGAUUUAAAAUUGUGUUUGAUUUUUUUGAAUAUUUGACGUAUGUGAAGAAAACAAAAUUAGUUUUAAUUACUUUUAAGAGUAUUAUUAAACAUAUCAGUUUUUUAAGAAUCAUAAAGUCAUUUAGAAUUAUAAUUAGUCUGUUUAUGCGUCAUUGUUUUGCCGGUUGCAAUACUGUUAGAUUAAAGAGAGUCCGAAAUUGGACCGAAACGUUUCCUUACUUUGCAUUUCUUUAAUAAAAAUAUUUCUUUGAAUGAAGAGAUUUUAUGCGCUCCGACAUCCGCGCUUUGGUACUUCCGUUAAUAUUUUUUGUUAUUAAUUAUUCGUCACUGUUUAAGAUUUAUAAUUUUUUUAAACUUUUUGAUACGCGAUAAAAGAAUUAAACAUAAGGUUAAAAGAAUAUAAGAUUUUUUAAUCAAAAUUAUGAUGCACGAAUAUCUAAGUACGAUGGGUGUUUAGUAGCUAGAAUUUCAGAUUUAAUAGGCGGAAACAGCUAAACAGAAACUGAGAGACAUUAAUGACGUUGUCUGGAUUAAUGAAUUUUCCCUUCCACAAAAAGGAUGUGAUCUUCUAUAUUCCUUGUCAAGGUCCAAAACAUAUCACGACAGGUCCAUUCAGUCUUCCUGCUUUAUUUCCAAAUUCCGACGAUGGAAUUCUAGCCAAGAUAUGUCUUGUUUGCAUGAAGUAAAAGAAAGCGGAGAAAUAAUUGAGGCUAUUGGGUGAGAACCUGUUUUGCGAUUAAAGGCGCGGUAAAGUGGGAACAAUUAGCAAAUGCCAAUGGAGAUAGGCAAAAUUAACAUUAUUAGUAAUUAGUUUACUGACAUUUUUGUAUUUUAAUUUUAGACUAAAUGUAAUCUUAAUUGUUUAACAUAUUUUCCGCAAAUUCUGAGCGAGGCAAUACAGUGAUUCUUGAAUGAUUUAAAAUUAAAUCAUUAAAAGUUCAACUUUCCCAAAGGUCUCAAUUUCUCGUCCUUGUUUCUAAAUGUUAGAAAUUGCGUUAGUAACAGUAACCUGUUAAAGGAUCCGUCACUGACUAUACAAUUAAUUUCUGCACAUAAUGUCAAACAUAUAAAAUCGAUAUGGGAGCAGAGCAACUAGCAAGUUAUUGUUUGUUUACAUAAUAAUAAAGCUGAACUGCUGUACGCGUGCGCGUAUUUGAAACAAGUAUGUUUAAGAUUUUAAAAAUAAAAUAGAAGAACAGAGAAGUCGGAGGUAAAUAAUUAAAAAUACUUAGAAAUAACAGAGAAAAUAAAGAAUUAUAGUUUUACGCGAGGCGAUCUUUCAAAGUGUCGAGAGCUCGAGAGAUCUCUCACUUUCUUUUGCUUAUUUUUUCUUUACUUUUCUUAGAUCCUUUGUUGAGAGAGUUAAGCGAAAAUAUCCUGCUGCUCGACUUGUCUCCCUACCGACUCUGUAUAAGCUCGACAUUAGUGCGCGGUCAAUCGAAUUAGUCGAACAUGUAAGCGUUCGCUCGCGCUUCGUGGGAUUCGCCGCGCGAUCGAUUCUUCUCGAGACUUGCGACAGGUAGACGGCUAAAUUAAAUGACAUAUCUUCGAUAAGGGAAUCUCUUCUAACAAUUACGCUGCAAGGAGGCAAACGCUGUCGAAUAUACCUCUGGCAUUUCAAUUAACACUAUCUAUCUGGAACAGUGAGAGGAUGUUACUAAUUUUUUUCAUUUCUAAAUUUCUUCUUAACAACAAAACUGUGCGAAACAGCUUAUUUUAUACUUUUGAUUUAUUUUUACGCGCAUUUAUUUUUACGCGCACAAUUAUCUCCUUAAUUGUGUCCAAUAACUCCAAUAACUCAUUCUAUUUAUAUAUGAAAUAUAUAAAUUAAAAUUAGUGAAGUUUAUUAAUAUUUUGCAAUGUGAUUUUGUAUGCCAUUCUCAAUCUUUUACAUUUCGGAUGCACAGCGGAUGAUAUUUGUCAAGCGAUUCUUUUACCAGGAAGCGGAACUAGAUUUAUUCGGAUAAAGUAUCAUCCGAAUAAGAAUCGAACGAGCAAGUCACAAAAAGUUUUAAUCCCGUUGCGAAUACAUCAUGAAGUUUAGAAUAGAUGAAACGGCAUCGGGCAACGGCGUUCACACAAAAUUUCUUUGCACUGGUUUGCCGACUUCUUCAAGCUUCGAAGAAAGUAGCAACUAGGUCGAUAAGUUGUUAAAGUUUGAACGAGGAAUUUGGAGAAAUUAUAUAGACUAUCUAUCUUGUCUCUGGUGCACUGCUAACAGUAUCUUUGUGCACGCGUUAGAGGAAAAUAUAAGAAAUAUUACUGUUUAUUACAAAAAAAUACACAUAUAUAUAUUAGCAUAAAUUUCGCACAAAUAUGCGCGCGAAAGAGAAUAAUGCCUAAGUCAAAAACUUGACUCGAUCGUUAUUACCUCAUUUGAGUGAAUAAGACUGUCGAUUAUGGAUAUCGGAAUUGGAUUAGAUAGCGUCGAUCGACACGGAUAUAAAGAAGGACAUGUUAAACCUUGAAGUCUUUCAGUAAUUCUAUUAUUUUAUAAGAAAAAUGUGACGAUGAAAAACCGCGAGAGCUUUCGCAUGCUCUUGGAGACAUUCCAGUUUGCGACAUAAUUACGCAGACAAGAUUCAGGUCGUGCGACCGAAAGCCCGCUGCUGUCGAAAGUUUACUGGACCAUCCUGUAUAUGUGCUCUAUAUCUAUAUAUUUUUCUAGAUGAGCCCAUGAUUUUGGCCUGUGAAAUGUUGUUUACAUGCCUAUAUCUUACGUACCUAUCUGUCGUUUAUGAUUGACCUAUCGCAAAUUCCUGAGAGAAAGAUCGGAGCCUGUUCAAACGCCUAUCAGUACGAUGCUUACACGGAAAAAACAUUUGUACAGAAAUAUCUAAAAAUUGUGAUAGAUUGGAUACAGAUCUGAUAAUUUUUGUUCGACUAUCAAAAUUUAUCAAUAGAGGUCCACUCGAUUAGAUUGAUAAAACAUGAGAUUAUAUCGCAAACAAAUUCGAGUGCUCUAUUGAUAAAUUUUAAUUGUCCAACAAAAAUUAUUUUUAGAUCUAUAUUUGGCACAAUUUUUAGAUAUUUCGGCAAAAAUGUUCUUUCCAUAUACGAUCGCAGACCUCGAUGUCUCUUUCGUGUUGUACACGCGCGUUUAUGAUACAAUAAUUGGAUAAAAUGGAAUUUACGUGGAAUUAAAAAAAAAAAA